AAUCUUCCUGAUGGAGUGUAACUAUAUAGGUGCUGGAGCUAUACUGGCUGUUACGAGGGUAUAUAAGGCUUGCAAGGACCGCGGCGCGCCGUAGUGUGAACGUGGCAGCGUUACUAACCCACGGUCCGCUGCGCGAAUAAACGAUCGCACGAAAGCAAUCAAAUCAAUUACCUACUUUAUUUUUGUUGCAAAUUACCGAGGUGAAGGCUGUGUUUUUGUUUGCAAUCUUGUUUUUGUGAGGAAUUACACUAGAAGCCAUGGAGGCGGGUGAUUUCAAAGAUUUCGCUAAGGCGAUGACUGACUACAUCGCCGAAUACUUGGAGAACAUAAGGGACAGGCAAGUGGUGCCAUCAGUGAAGCCCGGCUACCUGCGGCCGCUCGUCCCUGAACAGGCCCCCGAGCAACCUGAGCCGUGGACUGCCGUGAUGGCCGACAUCGAGCGCGUCGUCAUGACCGGCGUCACCCACUGGCACUCGCCGCGCUUCCACGCCUACUUCCCUACUGCGAACUCCUACCCCGCCAUUGUGGCUGAUAUGCUGAGUGGCGCUAUCGCCUGCAUCGGAUUUACUUGGAUUGCUAGUCCCGCAUGCACCGAGCUAGAAGUAGUCAUGUUAGACUGGCUGGGCCAGAUGUUGGGUCUGCCGGAGGAGUUUUUGGCGCGCUCGGGCGGUGAGGGCGGCGGCGUGAUCCAGGGAACUGCCAGCGAGGCUACCCUCGUGGCUCUCCUUGGGGCCAAGUCCAGAGUCAUGCAUAGAGUUCGCGAGCAACAUCCAGACUGGACCGACUCGGAUAUACUUUCCAAGCUUGUUGGAUAUUGCAAUAAGCAAGCGCACUCAUCGGUGGAGCGCGCCGGGCUCCUCGGCGGAGUGAAGUUGCGCUGCCUGCAGCCGGACGGCAAGCGGCGGCUCCGCGCCGACAUCCUCCGCGACGCCAUCAGGGAAGAUAAGGCAAAAGGACUUAUACCCUUCUACGUUGUGGCAACCCUUGGCACGACGUCAUCUUGCACCUUCGAUGCGCUUGAUGAGAUCGGUGACGUUUGUGCGGAGGACGAGAACCUGUGGCUCCACGUCGACGCUGCCUACGCCGGAUCUGCGUUCAUCUGCCCCGAAUACCGUUACCUGAUGAAGGGUAUCGAGAAGGCCGACUCUUUCAACUUCAAUCCUCACAAAUGGAUGUUGGUUAACUUCGACUGCUCAGCUAUGUGGCUCAAGCAGCCGCGCUGGAUCGUCGACGCAUUCAACGUGGAUCCUCUGUACCUGAAACAUGACCAGCAGGGCUCCGCCCCCGACUACCGCCACUGGCAAAUUCCCUUGGGCCGACGAUUCAGAGCCCUCAAGCUCUGGUUCGUUUUGAGACUAUACGGAGUCGAAAACCUUCAAAAGCACAUUAGGAAACACAUCGCGUUAGCACAUCUUUUCGAAAAGCUGUGCUUGGAAGACGAGAGAUUUGAGAUAUUCGAAGAGGUGACGAUGGGGUUGGUUUGUUUCAAAAUAAAGGAGAGUAAUGAGGUUAACGAGGAGCUGCUGAGAACGAUUAACGGGCGAGGCAGAAUUCACCUCGUGCCGUCAAAGAUCGAUGAUGUGUACUUCCUGAGGCUCGCAGUCUGCUCGCGCUUCACCGAGGAGAAGGACAUCCAGGAGUCGUGGAAGGAAGUGAAGGCUUCAGCCGAUGAAGUCCUUAAGAAACUUAAAAAGUAGACAAACGACAUCGCACAAAUGUUUAAGUCAUAUGUUGAGCAGUUACCCGAUCAAGCCCUAAAUAGUUAAAUACCAAGUAUAUGUUAUAUCAAUAGUGUAAGUUCUUGUAAAACAUGGUGUUCCACCGAGCAGCCACUUGGUUUCUAUUUAAAUAUAAUUACUUACAGAGUAGUUUAAGCACUGAGAAAUCUAAAUUAAUUUCUUUUGGACACAGCUUUUACUGGUCAUGAUCACGGAUAACUGAAUACUCUAGGAAAUGUCAAAACAGAUAUUUAGAUGGUACCUUUCUUUAACUACCCGACGAAUAUCUACGAAAAAGUUGGGGGUAGGUAUCACGAAUUAAAACCCCAGCACUUAUAAUUCAAAGGUACUUAAACAAAAUAUUCGCGAGGUUACCGUUAUACAUAUUGUGAGUAUAAAGCAGUAUUUUUGUAUUAAAUAAUCAUACAUUUAGUUAUAUUUCUUCGAAAUAAUAUUAUUAUAUAUCCAGUGGGACCAUCAACAAGGGAUGAGUAUAUUUUUUUAACUUUAAGGUAAACUCACAAAAUUAAGGCGAAAACUUUUUCUCAAAAACUUAAUUUUUGGCAUACGGGACCAUCUAGGUACCAUAUCAACAUACCUACAUACUUGUUUCUAAACCUAUUAGGCAUCCCAGGUAGCAAAGUGACGUCCGCGUCGUCAUAAUGACGUCAUAGUCACGACAUCAUAAUGACGUGUAAAUGCUAUGAAUGCUGGGGUAAGUUCUGAGGGCCUAGCCAAGAUGCCAAACGUUUACACCGUAGCGAACGAAACGGUAAUCUCUCUCUAUAACUCUUCCAUAUUAGUGCGACAGAGAGACAUUGGCGUUUCGUUCGAUGCGGCCCGACGUACCCCAUAGAGCUAAACAACCGUUUUAAAAGUACAAAGGUCCUACAUGGACUACAGGCACUAACUAAAGGCACUUCAUGUGGGUGCACUUUCCUUGCGUGACUGAGAAGUGCGCUACUGUACCUUCCUUCCUUUCCUGUUACCUGUUCCUGUACAUAACUGCAUAAGAGAUGUUACCUAUUUGUGAAUAAUAUUUAUACACAAUAAUUUACUAUAACUUCUAGAUGUUUUAAUGUACCUAUUUAAUUAAAUGCUAUUUGACUUGGUGGCAAAUAUACUGUUAUUACAUUACAUUAGUAUUUAGUAAUUAAGGUACCUAUAUAGUACAUGUUAUAUAACUGUGUAUGUGACCUAAAUGAUAUAGUGUGUGUAAUGUGUGUAUUGAACAUACCUUGUACCUCUACCUAUUGUAGGAAAUUUAAAUUAUAGCUGUUCCGAUUUUACGAAGAAAUUAAAUAUAUAUUUAAACUUAUUAAGACAAUAAUUCAAAUGAUGAUAAUAAUAAAGUUGUAGAAGCUUAGUUUUCAAAACUUGCCUUGGACGAGAUCUCUUGCCACGAUUGUAUUUGAGGCGUUGUAACUGUUUUAAGUUUUAAGUUAAUUUCGAGACGUAGUGUGAACGAUUUUUUCUGUUUUAUUUAUUUAACACACUUUAAACAUAGGUAGGUACUUAAUUUAUUAGGAUGACUUGUCUACUUGUUACCUAUUUAACUGUACAAUGAAGGUCGUAGACGAAGGCAUAUUUAUGAAAGUAAUCGAAUCUAAGUGAACAUGUUAUCUGGCCAAUAGUUAAGAAUAUAAGUAGUUAUUUAUUUUAUAAAAUAAAUAUUGAUUAUCAGAAUAUACGAGUUAUAUCA